AUGAAGGCUAAGGCGAGGUGGUGGAAAGAGUUGGGAUUGGGAGAGAAGAUGAAGUUUGCUAGAGACCAGCCACUAAAAUGGUACAUGUGGUCCAUGGCAAUUCUCACAGAUCCAAGCUUGUCUGAGCUUAGGGUUGAGCUCAUUAAGCCCAUCUCUCUCGUGUACAUUAUUGACGACAUAUUUGAUGUCCAUGGCACGGUUGACGAGCUAAUUCUCUUUACAAAAGUCAUUAAAAUAUGGGACAAUGCGUGUGCUGAGCAGCUUCCAGAGUACAUGAAAAAAUGCUUCAAGGUUCUCAAUGAUAUUGCAAAUGAUUUUGGCAAAAUCAUCUUUGAGAAGCAUGGAUGGAAGCCCACGAGAUUCUUGAAACAGAUGUGGGCGAAUUUGUGCAAUGCAUUCCUGGUGGAGUUUCAGUGGAACGCUUCUGGGAAAUUGCCAAAGGCAGAUGAUUACUUGAAGAAUGGGAUUAUCACAUCGGGUGUGCCCUUGGUGCUAACUCACCUGUUCUUUCUAAUGGGCCAAAAUAUUGCCAACCAAAGUAUGGAUUCAAAGAAAGAAGAGGUGCAGCUGCCAAAUAUAAUAUUCUUAAUCGCUGAAAUUCUUCGCCUUUGGGAUGACCUCGGCUGUGCCCAGGACGAGAAUCAAAAUGGCUACGACGGGUCAUACGUGGAUUGCGUGAAUGCUGCUAAGAUGGUUUCACUGAUGUACAACUAUGAAGACAAACGUGGUCUUGGACUCCUACAAGACCAUAUGAAGUCGUUGACCUGUGAUCACGAGACAUUUUAG